GAAACCUGGGACCAGCUCGGCUCCCUCCCGCCCGCCCGCCUUGGCUGGGUCCUGAUGCCAGCAGACAGUUAUUAGUACAGCGAUGGGCCAGGGAGUCAGAGGCAACCGGCAGCCCCGGGCCUGACUAAGCUGCUCAGCCCGGCCUUCAUGGUCACCAUGGCAACAGCCUCCCUGACUCCCAGUUGGGCUGCUCUCUUGAUUCCACUCUUGGUGCUUGGGAUGCCCACUGAGGAGCCCACACCUGAGACACCUUCCCAAGCCCCAGGGGGCUGCCAGCGAUGCUGCCAAGGACCAGAUUCCCAAGACUCUUCAGGACCCAGUCCAUCUGUUGUUCCCUAUGUUCUGCCCGAGGUGAGACCCUACAUCAACAUCACCAUCUUGAAGGGAGAUAAAGGAGACCGGGGUCCUCUUGGGAUGCCAGGGAAGAUGGGCAAGGAAGGCUCCCGAGGGGAUCGUGGCCCUCAGGGGCCCAAAGGGGCCAAAGGCCAGGCAGGAAGCCCAGGGGAGCCAUGCCAGGCACGGUACUCAGCUUUCUCUGUGGGCCGCAAGAAGGCUCUCCACAGCAGCGAGGACUACCAGCCCUUACUCUUUGACACAGUCUUCGUGAACUUGGACGGUCGAUUCGACAUGUUCUCUGGCCACUUCUCGGCCCCCAUUGCCGGCAUCUACUACUUCAGCCUCAACGUCCACACCUGGAACUUCAAGGAGACCUACCUGCACCUGAUGCGCAAUGAGGAGCCCACCGUCAUCCUGUAUGCACAGCCCAGUGACCGCAGCAUCAUGCAGAGUCAGAGUGUCCUCCUGGAGCUGGCCUCCGGGGACAAGGCCUGGGUCCGCCUCUACAAGCACCAGCGGGAGAAUGCCAUCUACAGCGAUGACGUGGACACCUACAUCACCUUCAGUGGCCACCUCAUCAAGCCAGGGGAUGAGUGACCCCCUCAUCUCCCCUCAUCCACCCCCAACCCCUGCUGUCAUUCCCCCAAGGUUUUCCUCCUGAGCUCUUCUCUAAUCUCCUCCACCCUCAGCCAUGGCAAUGGCAGCUGGGGGGAAUUCAAGACACUUGGGUUCUUUCCCCAAAUAUUUGACUUGAGCAAAUCACAUUCCCUUCUGGGCCUCAGUUUACUCACCUAGACCAAAAGAUCUCUAAGGGCUUUUCCAUCUCUCAAAUUCUAUGAUCUGGUCUCCUCCAUCUUCUUUUCUCCUGCUCUCUUCGUCCUGAACUUUCUUCUUUUCUGCUCCCCUUUCUCUCUUCUCCCUCUUUCACUUCUCCUCCACUCUCCCUUCUCCAUUAUCCUUCUCUCACCUCUUUUCCUUUUCCCUCUUCCUUUGCUUCUUCCUCCUUUUCUUCAGAGUCCCCUCCUCAUCUCAUCUCAUUCAUUCAUUCAUUCAAUAUGAAUGUUUUGAAGCCCCUCUUAUCCUCCAGGCACUGUGCUCUAGGGUACAGAAACAACCAGGAAAUACUUCUUGCCCUCAGGGAGCUAACUUUCCACCAAGCCCUCAUUUUCCUCCCUGUCUCUCCCUCACUCCCUUCCCCACCCAAGAGAUUCUUCCUUUCCUCUGAACCUCCCCAAAUGUCCUCCCCAUGGCUCUGGAUGAGUCUUCUCCUUUUCCUUCACCCAUCAUUAUGACUUCCUCAUCUACUACCUCCUACCCUUUCCCCAAUUUCCCUCCUGCCAUCACUGCAUCCAAAGAAUAGAUGCUAAAAGACAAGAGGCAGGGGGGAUGUCUACAGCCUGCCUGUGGGUACAAAGGCCAGAUAGAUCACAUCUCAGAGCUGAGGCCAGAUCCUAGAAGAUGGCCCUUAGCUGUCCACUCCGUAAUGGUUUCUUUUCCCCCCUUAAGAGGCUCCACGGAACAAGCCUUUAUAAACAGCUGGCCCACAGCUGGAAUGCCUCCCCCGUGUGGCCUCUGGGCAUCCUCACACUUCCUUCUGGGGGACAGGGUCUUUUGCUCCAGCCCCAGACUUUGGCAUCAUCUACUCCCCUGUUCUCACAGGACAGAGGCAGACACAGAAGGGGCCCUCAUUCUCUCCCUUUCCUCCAUGGGUCAGCUGCCCAGUGACCCCAGGGCCCACACAUUCUCUUCUGCCCUUCCCCUACCCCAGCCCCUACCUAGGGCAGGCUAUGACCUAAAAUGUGAAGCUCACCUUUUUAAAUCUCCUCCGCUCACUGGUUCCCAUGGUGCUAAGGAGACAGAGCUCAGCCUUCCCUUCAAGCUCAUCUUGGUGCAUCCCAGGCAUGGCUGGGCAAAGGGGAAGGAGGGAAGCCUUGCUUCUCUCUGAGCUGAUCUGGGAUAGCCGGAAAGGAGAGAACAAAGGGAAGGGAUGUCAAGCUCCUCCCGACCCCCAAGAGAGAAGAACAGAAAAGGGUGGACGAGAUAAGCUCAGCUCUGGAAGCCUAGGAUUCUAAGAGAGGUGAGGGGUCCACGAUGCCAUCCCAUGUCUCUCCUAUCAUCUAAAGCUCUUUCAUUUCCAAGGACCUUGGGCUUUGCCCUGCCUCCAGGCAUCAUCUCUCCCAGGAAAGCUCAGGAAACGAGGAGAGAGACCACCAGGGGUGGCAUCAAGGGGAGAGCAGGCAGAGCUGGGACCCUCACUUCCCUCCUUCCCCACUCCCCCCAUGGUGCCUAAACCCUCUUGUCCAGGAUUGGCCUCCAGCUCAUUGGUGCUAAUUCCUCCCGACCUUCAUGGGGGAGCGGGGCAGGCCCUGGUGCUUUUGUGGGCAAGUCCCACCUGGGGGUGGGCUCCAUGCAUUCACUGGUGCUGGGGGUGACCUACAUAUGCAACUGCAACCAAGGUCACCGGAGAUGUGCCUCCAAACCACAGCGACAUUUCGGUCUUGUCUCAGGCUGAUUAAAAAGCGUGCUAUGUUUUUCUCAGCA